CAUCGACGUUAGUGAUCGGUGUAGUAUAUAUUGUAGAAUAGUGCAAGUUGCGCUAUUUUUCUUUGUGUCACAAUGUCUGCAAUUUUUUUUGUUGCAGCGACAUGUGGUGCUGGAGUGAUUAGAAAGGAUCAAACGGGUAGCUCGAGUUCGGGUACCUUCACGAGAAGAGGGGACUCUGGGUACCCGCUAGAGCCAUGGAUCAUGACUCCUGUGCCUGGCCACCCAAAUCGCCUCACGGCAGAGGGGCGCUAUAAUGAGGCACGCGCAUCAAUGCGAAAUGCCGUUGAGCGGUGCAUAGGAGUCGUCAAGAGCCGCUUCCGAUGCCUUCAGAGGUAUCGGGUGCUCCACUACUCGCCUCAGAAAGCAGCCACUAUUGUUGCAGCUUGUGCAGCGCUGCAUAACCUCUGCCUUGCAGCAGGCGUGCCUCUGCCAGACGACCCAGGGGACGACGGUGCGCAUGACGACAGCGCACAGGAGCCAGCCCAGGCACAAGUGCCGCUUCAAGUACAGGUGCCACCGCAGGCGCACCCUGUACAGCCUUCUCGAGCUUUGUUUCAAAGAGGGCGUGCGGUGCGUGAAUCCAUAGUUGGUGUGUUUCGGCUGCCCAGAAAUUUGCGCAUUGCCUACCUGCAAAGUGUGCGCCGGCGCAUUCGCUGGCAAAUGAGGUGGAGACAUGUGCUGGUGUAACAUGUUUUAUUUUUAUUUUCAUAAAAGUAAAUAGGCCGUGCACUUCAACAUAACACAUUGCGUGUGCUCACAUGUGGCUAAUCAUAGUAUGCUGCAUACUGCAGUAGUGAAAAGCACAUGAUUUGUCUAUGUUGAGCAUGACAGAUACACAUGCAGUGACAAAUAACCAUGUGCCAUUAUGUUACUCCUUUGCUUUGUUCACUGUGCUCUUGAAUAUUGUCUCGCCAGGGAAUUUUCUUUAAAUAAAGGUUAUUUCCAAGGUGAAUGGCAACCAAUCUUGCAUUGUUGAAUAUUGCUUUGCA